GUAACUGCCAUUGUAAUAGGUUAAUUGGAACGCGUCGUAACUGGUAAGAUGACUGAUCAAAAUGCAUCGACAGUUGUCGAAAUCUUAGGAUGAAGAACACGAUCCUAACAGUACUUUUUUAUUCAUGUCUGAAACUUUUCGCGGAAGUGCGUUCUAGUGCAAGCUUCUUGACCGAUGACGCGAAAAACUCCACAUUAAAAUCGAGGAUAGUUCUACCGGAGUAUUACGUGAAAGAGAUCAGGCCUCCAUCGAAGCAAGGUUUUCCAGUGGUAGUGGACUUCAAUAUCUUUGUAGCUGAUAUCAAUUCAAUAAAUGUAGAGGAUAUGGAUUUCCGGGUAGACAUGUUCGUUCGUCAGAGUUGGAUCGAAUCUCGACUUGAUAUGCCGGACGAGAUUUUCGAGGAGGGCGAUGAUUACGUGACACUGCCUCCUGAAUUCUUCGACAGUUUAUGGCAGCCAGAUCUUUACUUCUUAAACGCGAAAGUCUCUGAAAUUGCGGCGUUAAAUCACAAAUUCUCAUCUGUUACGUUGUAUAGAAACAAAACGGUCAAGUAUUCAGCACGGAUGCAUGCCAUCAUCGCCUGCCAAAUGGAAUUUCAACUCUACCCAAUGGACAUUCAAAUAUGCCCUAUCUACAUAGAAAGUUUUUCCUAUCACAAACAGAAGUUACGCUUAAGAUGGGGAUUGGGCGCAGUCACGGUGAACCCAGAACUGAAGCUUUUACAAUAUGAUAUCGGAAAGCCGGUGGUUGCUGAAGAAACUGUUGAUUAUAUGCUCGAAAAAAGUGGAAAUUUUUCACGACUGGUAGUGUUCUUCCGAUUCGAGAGGCAAAUUGGUCAUCAUCUGAUACAAACUUUCGCACCAUCCACGUUGGUUGUGAUGUUAUCUUGGUUUAGCUUCUGGUUGGGCUUAGAUGCGAUCCCUGGUCGUGUGGCUCUUUUAGUAACCAGUAUGCUGACCUUGGUUACUAUGUUUACUGGUCUGAAAAGCGAUAUUCCGCCAGUUGCUUACGUGAAAGCACUAGAUGUUUGGAUGGCAGGCUGCAUGAUGUUUGUAUUUGCUGCUCUCGGUGAAUUCGUUGUUGUAAAAGUACUCGACUUGCAGUACCAGUUGGAAUAUGAUCUACAAUCGUCAAUGUCCCGACAUUAUUCAACACGUAUAGUUGCCAUGGAAAAGGGUCAAAGUAUUUGGGAUUAUGACUCAACAUAUAUACCAAAAGCAAGAAAUAAAAGAGCUGGUAGCAAACAUCUUCUACAAAAUGCCUGGCUAGAUACUGAAUAUCCAAUGAUACGUGUAUGCAAAACACGGUCACAAAAAAUUGACAAUUACAGCAGAAUAGGUUUUCCUAUACUAUUUAUGCUGUUCGUCAUUUUGUAUUGGCCGAUACUCUUACUUAAGAAGGCAACGUAAUGCUAUAGAUACAUAAUAUAAUUAAAUAAAAAUCUAUAAAUUAUUAUUAGCGAAAUUAUCACGUAUUGCAUAGUUUUUCAUAAUUAUAAUACCUUAGGGCUGGAAACGACUAUAUAGAUAUACUGUACUAGAAAUGUAUGAAAGUAAAUAGGUCUGAUGUAUUUUUUAAAUACAUGUUAUUUCUUAAAUUGAAAUAUACAUUUAAUAAAAAUAACAAAUAAGAUACUAGAUGAAUUUAUUUAAGAUUACUAUAAAACUUAUAAAUAAGCUGUACACGUGUAUGAAAUAGUUCUAUGAUUGUAUUCGUGAAAUAUUUAUGUGAAUAGUAAUCUAUUUCUUUAUUA